AUGGCGGAGCUCAUCCUUCUGCUUCUGAGGUGUUCUGUGCUCUUCAGCGCUGUGCAUGCCGUGUUUGAAGACCAAGUGGGGAAGUUCGACUGGAGACAACAGUAUGUAGGCAAUGUCCGCUUUGCUCAUUUCGACAAUCAGAUACAGUCUUCCAAAAAGGUUCUUGUUGCCACAGACGACAAUGUCUUUGCAGCUAUUAACACAAGAACCGGAGAGCUGUUUUGGCGUCAUGUUGACAAGAAUGGACCAGAGGGGAGCAUUGAUGCCCUUCUUUUGCAAGGGCAAGAUGCAAUCAUGGUGGUCGGUGAUGGCCGGCUACUGCGCUCCUGGGAUGUGAAUGUUGGUGGUUUAAACUGGGAGACUGUUCUGGAUUCUGGAAGUUUCCAGUCUGCGUCUUUAGUAGGACAACAGGAUCAUGUCCGAUAUGUGGCUGUUUUGAAAAAGGCAGCCAUCUCUCUUCACUAUCUUUCCAACGGGCACCAGAAAUGGAUAGAGAAUCUUCCAGAAAGUGACACUGUGGAUUACCAGUCUGUGUAUUCUGAUGGAACUGGAGAAGUUUUUGUUUUGGGCCUUGUCCCCAACUCUCACAUCACUGUGGUGGUGUACAGCUUGGACGAUGGCGAAAUACUGAAACAGUUCACAGUUGAUUGUCCGUGGCUAUCCGAGCUUCUGUCCAGCUGCUCGGUGAUUGGCAGAGGCAUGUUGACCUGCGUGGACCUGCUCUCUCUGUCCCUCAACAUGUUCGACCUGCACUCGGACUCAGAGAUGAACCGGGUCUCACUGGAGUCGAUCGGUUUGGAAGUUUCUCCAAGUUUCCGCCCGCUUCUGGUCUCCACUCAGCCCAACGCAGCUCGAGCGCCGCUAUCCGAGUUUUUACUCCAGAUGGGACCAGACCAACACGUGCUGCUCCAGCUCCAUAUGGGACAGAUUCUAACCCUCAGGGACUUCAAACCGGCCAUGCUGGCGUCUUUUGCUACAUCAGGAGAGAAGACUGUAGUCGCCGUUAUGUCGCCCAAAAACCAGACGGCUUCUAGCAUUAACUUGUUCAGCGCUGAAACUGGUCGCAGACUUCUUGACACAACUCUGAUCUUUACCAUGGAUCCAAAUGGAGGAAAGCCAGUCCAGUUGUACGUUCAAGCCUUUUUGAAGAAGGAUGACUCAGUGGGAUACAGAGUGAUGGUGCAGACAGAGGACCACCAGCUCACCUUCAUCCAGCAGCCAGGGCGAGUGAUGUGGACCAGAGAGGAGGCUUUGUCUGAUGUGGUUACCAUGGAGAUGGUGGAUCUGCCACUCACCGCCACGCAGGCUGAGCUGGAGGGCGAGUUUGGAAAAAAAGCUGACGGGUUGUUGUCCAUGGUCCUCAAGAGACUCUCCUCUCAGCUGAUUCUAGUCCAGGCCUGGGCCACUCACCUUUGGAAACUCUUCUACGACGCCCGGAAGCCUCGCAGCCAAGUGAAGAACGAGGUGACCAUCGAGAAUCUAUCACGUGACGAUUUCAACCUGCAGAAGAUGAUGGUUAUGGUGACGGCAUCAGGAAAGCUUUUUGGCAUCGACAGCAAAACCGGGACCAUAGUUUGGAAGCACUAUCUGGAGAAUGUGCCGUUGAACGCAGCUUUUAACCUGAUGGUGCAGAGAACGACCGCCCACUUCCCUCAUCCCCCACAGUGCACUCUGCUCAUCAAAGACAAGGACACUGGUCUGGCCAUGCUGCAUGUCUUUAACCCAAUCUUUGGAAAGAAGAGCCACAUCAGCCCCCCCCUGCUGCCUCAGCCCAUCCUCCAGUCUCUGCUGCUGCCGCUGAUGGACCAGGACUACGCCAAAGUCCUGCUCCUCGUGGACGACCAGUACAAAGUGUCUGCUUUCCCAUCUUCAAAGAACGUCCUCCAGCAACUUCAGGAAAUGGCCUCUUCCAUCUUCUUUUACCUCGUCGAUGCUGAACAGGGGAGGCUCAGCGGCUACAGGCUGCGAACAGACUUGUCCACGGAGCUGAUCUGGGAGGUGGUGCUUCCCACAGAGGUGCAGAAGAUCGUCUCUGUGAAGGAGAAGAAGGCAAAUGAGCACGUCCACUCUCAGGGCCGAGUGAUGGGAGAUCGCUCCGUCCUCUACAAGUACCUGAACCCGAACCUUCUGGCCCUGGUGACGGAGAGUACAGACCAGCACCAGGAGCGCAGCUUUGUGGGGAUCUUUCUCAUCGACGGCAUCACAGGACGCAUCAUCCACGAGGCCGUCCAGAGGAAAGCUCGUGGUCCCGUCCACAUCGUGCACUCGGAAAACUGGGUGGUGUAUGAAUACUGGAGCACAAAGUCACGUCGUGUGGAGUUCUCGGUGAUAGAGCUGUAUGAGGGCAUGGAGCUCUACAACAGCUCGGUCUUCAGCUCUCUGGACCGGCCUCUGGCUCCGCAGGUCCUGCACCAGUCCUACAUCUUCCCCUCCGCCGUCUCUGCCAUGGAGGCCACGAUGACGGAGAAGGGCAUCACCAGCAGACACCUCCUCAUCGGUUUGCCCUCAGGAGGCAUCUUGUCUCUGCCUAAAAUGUUCCUGGACCCUCGGCGGCCGGAGAUCCUGUCGGAACAAAGCCGCGAGGAGAACCUGAUCCCGUACGCUCCGGAGCUGCCCAUCCGAACAGAGUGGUUCAUCAACUACAACCAGUCGGUGUCACGAGUCCGAGGAAUCCACACGGCCCCCUCUGGGCUGGAGUCCACCUGUUUGGUUGUAGCUUACGGUCUGGACAUCUACCAAACCCGCGUCUAUCCCUCGAAGCAGUUUGACGUUCUGAAGGACGACUACGACUACAUGCUCAUCUCCAGCGUCUUACUUGCCCUCUUCUUUGCCACCAUGAUCAGCAAACGCCUCGCCGAAGUCAAACUGCUGAACCGGGCGUGGCGGUAA